GACUGAAGCUACAACAGACGAGCGUGUGGCUAUAUACAUUAAUCGAGUGUUAAAAUCGGUGUAUCAGUACGACACAAAGCGAGAGCUGACGCAAAGCCUACAGUCACACUCAGCGCGCCGAGGUGGCGCAGCGCAUGCAAGCUCCAACGCUAGCGUCAACCUGGCUGAUUUGGCCCACCGGGGGCUCUGGUCCAUGGAUGGAUUUGCUACCUUACUCGAAUACAUAUCGCCAACGACGGCUAGCGGCCAGAACGUUGCAAAGGUGCUCGGAGGGUGGGCGGACACAAAGCAGGCUGGUCACCCGCCUACGCUUGCCGAAAGGUUUCGCGGACUGUCUUACCGCGACUCUGCUGAUGUACUACCGCGACACGCUUGCUGUCGCACCGCAACACAUCGUCCACCAAGAACUGGAGCGGGUACAUUCCUCUCUGCACUCGCAGCUUGAAUGUCAGGAUGAGCUGCUUGACUGGGGAAGCAAGAUUCGCAAACGCUUUGUCACCGACAACAUCCUUUCACUUUGCCGAAACGCUGGAAAGGCUACUCAUAGGAUACCAGCAGCUGGUGACCUCCAAUGAGGAGCUCAGAUGCAUGCUACAUCUUGUGCUUCGACGGCUUGAUCGUCAACCAGAAGGCAACGCUUCCUCCACCAAUGCGACGGAAGGUAGUCCAGAUGCUGAAGUUUCUGGCGGGCUCUCUUGCGAUCCCCUCAGCUUGGUAAGGCGUGACCCACUAGCUUGACGAAGCUGAAGGGUAAGCAUCUCUCCGAUGUUCUCGUCCAGUUCUACACAGAAGGCCGGGUUAUAUUCCAAAGGAACGAGGAAAUCGCGGGCAGAAGGAUUGCCUUCGAGCUGUUAAAAUCGUUGCCUACGUUGCCGACUUAGCCAGCAUCCCACCAGUUCCUCCAUUAUCGCGAGAGGUGGACAGGGUUCAAUGGGUAUCGGUAUAGUCAAAGCCUGGGGUGAGCUAACUGAUCAGCAGUGGGCGGCUUUUCGCUCACUACCGCGUAUCCGAUUCUUAGCAGCAUGAGAGAGAUAGUUGGAGGCCUCUUGGUCAAGUUGGGAUUACACAAUGCAUAUGUAACUUGAAUACACGUCAUGCCACCUUCGAUGCACCACUAGCUCCCGAGAGCACCACCAGCUUCAACGACAUGAGCAUCGCCAGAUCGGAGUGCACCACGAGCUCCAAAAACAACGCUGCAUCCGCGAGCACCACAGACUAAUUCCGAGAGCGGCACGAGCUCGGAGUACCCCACGAGGUCUGACAGCAGCACGAUCUCCAGGAGCAGUACGAGCUCCAAGUGCGCCAUGAGCUGGGAGGGCAGCACGAGCUCCGAGUGCGCCAUGAGCUCCGAGUGUGCCAUGAGCUUCGAGGGUAGUACGAGCUGCAAGGGCAGCACGAGCUCUGAGUGUACCACUAGCUCCGAGUGCGACAUGAGCUACACGAGCAUCACUGAGGCCACGAGCACCACCGAGAUCACACCCACGACCAUCUACAUGAGCCCCUCCAGCUCUGUGUACACCACGAGCGAGCUUCGAAAUCACCACGAGCACCACUGAGUAACGUCCGCGAGCGCCACCGAGUCCAAGAGCGUCACUAACUGCACGAGCACCACCACGUCCGCGAGCCCCGCAAAAACUCCAGCUCCGAACGCAUCACCACACCACCAGCGAGUCAUCUCCUCAAGCGCCACCGAGUCUGCGAACACCACCAGCCCCGAGAGACAGCACCGAGUCUGCGAACACCACCGAGCCCGCCAGUGCCCCACUGUGUGAGCCCCCUCCUCUUCCUUGC